GUCUGCUAACUGCUUGUGUGACAGUCAAUACUCAUACUUAAACGCUACUUCUCUUUUGACUGCUUUUACUACUUUUGGUGGUGACUGAAGGCUAUUCUUCGAAGGGAGAAAGUACUAGCUAAACGUUAGAUAAGGAAAUAAACAUGGAGGUGCUUAAGGAGAAAAUUAUUCAUGUUCAGGACCUGUAUAAAUGGGCAGAUUCAUUGUCAGAUGAACGUGUCAGAGACUGGCCACUGAUGUCAUCACCCCUGCCAACCCUUGGCCUGGUGGCAGUUUACCUCACCUUCGUCAAAGUGGGGCCAAAGGUCAUGGAAAAUCGUGCUCCAUUUCAGCUAAGAAUUCCCCUGAUUUUAUACAACCUGGCUGUCAUGUUGCUUAAUCUGUACAUUGGAGUUGAGUUGGCAAUUGUUUCUGUAAGACUCCGAUAUAGCUGGUUCUGUCAACCUGUUAGCUACUCCAAAAACCCAGAUGAAAUGAGGAUAGCAGCAGCAUUAUGGUGGUACUAUGCAUCAAAAUUGAUAGAGUUCACAGACACAGUGUUCUUUAUACUGCGGAAGAAGAACAAUCAGCUCACCUUCCUGCAUAUAUAUCACCACUCAACCAUGUUUUGCUUGUGGUGGAUAGGAAUCAAAUAUGUUGCAGGGGGCUCUUCUUUCCUUGCUGCAAUGAUGAACAGUUUUGUACACGUAAUCAUGUAUGCUUACUAUGGACUCGCAGCUUUUGGUCCCUCAGUGCAAAAAUAUCUUUGGUGGAAGAAACACAUUACCUGUAUUCAGUUGGUUCAGUUUGGCAGUGCUGGUGUACUAGGAGCCCGUGCCAUAGUUGUGGGCUGUGAAUUUCCAUUGUGGAUGCAGUACGCGCUGGUUGUGUACAUGGCCAGCUUCAUGUUCCUCUUCGGCCAGUUCUAUGUGCAGGCCUAUAGACGCAAGCUGAUGACUGCCUUCAUUGGUUCACAGGAGAAGAAACUCAAGGAUGGCAGAAAUGGCAACAUGCGCCACCAGAAUGGGACCAAUGGGGUGAUGUCCAAUGGGGUAUCUCAUAGUUCAAAAUUUGCUAAAGGAGAACAGAAAAAGUCUGAUAAGUCCAAUGGGGAGUCCAAAUCCCACCGCGCCAACGUCCGCACAAGAGCCCAAUCACGCCGCGAGGGCCGUCCACGCCACGACUCUUAAUCAGGGAUGCAUAAUAGACAUAUGCUGCCAGACUCUCACCAGAAAUGACAUUUGAACUCAACAUUUACUACUAGUCAUUAACUAUAAAGGGUGCAACAAGGUUUUCUCUCUCUCUCUUUCUGUCUUGCUUUUCCUCUCCAGAAAAGGGGAUCAUGGACAUUAUUGUGGAAUUGCAAAAUUGAUUAUGUGGGAUUGUUUAUUUUAAUGGCUACUGAAAAAGAUUGAGAAAAAAAUCUAUAUUGUUUUGAGUGACUGAAUCUCAUGAUUUUCUUGCCCAUUCUUCUUCAAGUGUGCAUUCUACGAGUAUUGCAUUCCACCUUUUAAAAAGUGUUUAUUUUUAUAUAGUUAUUGGAGCUGUUGAGAAAAACUCAUUUUACUUUUUGUGGCUUAAUGAAAAGUCAUGGGGACAUAUUGGCAUUAUGCUGGAGUUGUUUUAAUGUAACAAGAACAUCUUUGUGAUCAUUUAUGUAAGCUAUAUACUAUGCCAAUGCAGUGUGUGAUAAGAUGAAUAAGCCAAAGUAGUAAUAUUGUCAUUGUUUCUUUUGCACAACUUUUUCUGUGUCUGUGCAAAUGAAUAUCAGGGCUACAUAGCUACAUAUAUAAGUAUUUUGAAUGUUAUCAUCAUUCCUUAAUGGGGUUUAGAAUUCAAAGAACCUAGUAUUUUGAAGUAAAGAGUCCAACCUCUGACAGGUAGACUCAUAACAUUUCCAUUAUUUUUAAUAUAAAAUUUGAAAAGAAAGAAACAAGUGCAACUGAGGUACUGAAAAGUGUUGGGAAAACAUUAGUUUUUCAUCAUCCAACACCUGGUUAAUUUUCAAAUGAAAUGGUUUAUAGAAGGAAAGCUUUGUAGUUGAUUGUGUGGCAAUAUAAAUGCAGUGCAGCUCUUGUUGUAAUGUUGAUCACUGCCAUAUAUGUGUGUGUCUUUGUAUAAUCUGUAUAAUAUAUGUACAUAUUUAUGUAUAUGUAUACAGUAUACUGUAUAUGCAAAUAUAUAUAUACAUGUGUAUGUAUUAUAUGCAUAUAUGAUAUGUUUAGUUCAUGUACACAUAUACAUACAUAUAUAUGCAAUAGUAAAUAUUACUUUUCAUAAAUGAAGUUAAGAAUUCACGUGUGCUCUCUUAGGAGUGUGAUUUUUCAAAAUUUCAGAGGGAAGUAAUUUCCAGCAUGUUUCGUCUUUGCAAAUAAACAUUCCAUGGAAAUUCACUUUGGUAUUACACAAGCAGUGUCAAGUCAAGUGAAACAUAGAAAUUUUUAUAGUAAGACAGGAGUACUUGAACAGUAGAAAUAUUUGAAGCAAGUGGCAAGUAAGGUAGAAGAGAAUGUUCAUGAAAAAUUAUAGCAUAAUAUAUCCAGAUGUGAAAUGUGACGUUAAAGAUCUUUUUUUUUGGUUUCCCAGAGGAUUGUAAUUGCAUUGGAAAAACACCUAAAGUCUUUAUACUUCUUAUUACCAUCUCAUAAUGCUUGCCACUGAAUGGACUCCUUUGUGAAGCCUUGUGGACUUUUAUUCUAAAUGUGCAGAAUGAGAUAAAUGCUAGGCAAAUUUUGAUACAUACUGGUUUGUAAUGAUGGUUGUUGGACUUUUUUGCUCAGAAUUGGCAGAUAGUCCCCCCUCCCUUUCUUUUGGAAGCCCUCUUUGUUGAGGAUGGAAUCUGUUUAACAAAAGUAAAAGCUAUUUUGCUUUGGUCUUUUGAAUUGCAUUUGGCGCGCACACACACACACACACACACACACACACACACACACACACACACACACACACACACACACACACACACACACACACACACA